AACAGAUCGUAACUGAAGGAAAAAAAACUGAAAUCAAUCCGAGGGCGCGUUUCCAUUGGUUACAGGCUCCUGGUACCCAGGAAAGAGGAUGUAGCAUCUCCUGUGGUAGCUUAGCAAACGGGCCAAAUGUGGGGAAAGGGCGCCUGUCGUGCGGGUUAAUAUGGGGCAGAUGAUGGCUGUAUGAACGUAAAGGUGAUGAUUCACCGGCAGGUGAUACUGACCCAGAACUUGUACCAGAACAGGUUUCUCGGGCUUGCAGGUAUGGCUUCUCCAUCUCGAGCAUCUCAGGGCAGGCGGCGAUGCAAGGACCCGAUUCGGCACAGUUUCAACCCUGAGCAGUUCCCUAACGUGGACUUCCAGAACGGCGUGCACGAAGAGCUGGCGGCCGCCGUGCUGCGCUCCACCAGCGAUACCAACCUCGUGACCUCCCACUGCCGCUCCACUCUCACCGUCAGCACGUCAAGCUACACCAUCGGCCAGACCCAGGACAUCACCCUCAUCUGGGACAUCAAGGAGGAGGUGGACGCGGGGGACUGGAUUGGCAUGUACCUCAUUGAUGAGGUUCUGUCGGAGAACUUUCUGGACUACAAGAACAGAGGCGUCAACGGCAGCCACAGAGGUCAGAUCGUCUGGAAGAUCGAGGCCAGUUCGUACUUUGUAGAACCGGAGACCAAGAUCUGUUUUAAAUACUAUCAUGGCCUGAGCGGAGCUCUGCGGGCCACCACACCGUGUGUGAUCGUCAAGAACCCUGUCGCACCGGUGUAUAAACCAGUGACCACAGAUGAUGUUCCUCAAAGCCAAGGCCGCAGAAGACUCAUCAGCUUCUCUCUGUCAGAUUUCCAGGCCACGGGACUGAAGAAAGGCAUGUUCUUCAACCCCGACCCCUACCUGAAGAUUGCCAUCCACCCUGGGAAACACAGUAUUUUCCCUGCCCUGCCUCACCACGGCCAGGAGAAGAGAUCGGGCAUCGUCUGUAAUACCAUCAAUCCUGUUUGGCAGAGAGAGCGCUUCAAUUUUGUGUCUCUUCCCACGGAUGUGCUGGAGGUCGAAGUAAAGGACAAGUUUGCCAAAAGCCGACCCAUUAUAAAGCGUUUCCUGGGGAAGCUAUCCAUGCCUGUGCAGAGAUUACUGGAGAAGCAUGCCAUCGGGGAUCGUGUGGUGAGCUACACGCUGGGUCGGAGGCUUCCGACGGAACACGUCAGCGGUCAGCUACAGUUCAGAUUUGAAAUCACCUCUUCUAUCCAUCCCGAUGAUGAGGAUAUGUCUCUCAGCAUCGAGCAGCCUGUGGUGGCUGGUGAUGCUCAGGUUCAGCCUCAGGCAGAAGACACCAUGAGUUUGGACCAGGCGGCUCCAGAGCUGCCGUUUGACGGAGACGCAGCUUCUGCCAAGAUGCCCAUGGAUGUUGAACCUGGGCCCAGCUGUGCAACUUACACAGAUACAGCUGAUGCAGCUGAGAUCGAGCCUUUGGAGCGCGAGGAGCAAACGCAACUAGAGCUCGAGGAACAGCAGGCGGACCCUGUCGAAAGCCAGGACGGUGCCGAUGAACAAAGAGCUGUAGAACAAAUGGAAGAAGAUGUGACACAUGCGGAGGCAGAAGAGGGGAACCCAGAGGAGGCGGAGACUGAGAGUGCCUUUGAUGAUGGACCUGUAGACCCUUCAGAAACUCCCGCGAUAGUAGAAGAGGACGGAAUCUCGGACCCUCAAUCAGUCCCGGAAGAAGCAGAGGUGGAUCUUGAAGAAGGCUGUUCGCUGAGGAUCAGAACCACGCCGCGACGGAAAACGCGACCGUGCUCGCUUCCCGUGUCGGAGCUGGAGACGGUGAUCGCUUCUGCCUGCGGAGAACCGGAGACUCCACGUUCCCAUUAUAUCAGAAUACACCACCUUCUGCACAGCCUGCCCUCAACCCAACCUGAAAAUCAGGGGGAGGGACGCGAACGCGACAGGCCGCAGGGAGUGGAGGAGGAAGAUGAAGAUGAGGAAGAGGGUGCGACGCUAGAGGCUCAGACACUAACGCCCAAUGGCCCGCGGAGGACGCUGCCCCGCAGUCGCUCGCACGAGCGCCUCUCUGAUCUCAUUCAGAUGCUCGAUAGAGAUGGACAGCCCCUCGGGGCUGAGGGCCAGGUCGGAGUUCAAAGGUCGCCGGGGGAAAGCGAAUGUGAUUUGAGUCCUGUUCCUUGCUGCAGUCAUAUGGCACAGAGGACCACGGGACCCGUGCGGGCACCGUCUCUAGAUAGCGCUCGUAGGUCGGAGAGCACUGUUUUUUCAUCUCAGGAUGAUGAAGAUGAGAUGGACCGAGUAAAUGGCACGGUGGCAUCACAGGCUGAGGCGGGGGCUAAGAAUCGAGAGCCGGGAGAUGGAAGUUGUCAGUGGGAAGAGGCACCUGACAGCCAUGUCCAGAGCCCGCACAGCAUUAUGGGUAACGGAGAAUCAUCUGCAGCUGGACCAAGCAGCAGAAGAGACUGUCCUUUGCCCUGUAGUCACCCUGCAGUCAGUCAGUUACCCGCCCUGCGGCCCGACCCGCAUCACUACCCCACCAUAGAUGAACCGCUGCCACCGAACUGGGAGGCGCGUAUUGACAGCCAUGGCCGUGUGUUUUACGUGGAUCACAUCAACCGGUCAACCACCUGGCAACGGCCCACGACCGCAGCCACGCCGGAUGGCCUACGCAGGUCUGGUUCAGUCCAGCAGAUGGAGCAGCUCAACAGGAGAUAUCAGACCAUCCAGAGGACAAUGGCCACAGAGAGGAGAGAUGAGGAAUCUGGAAGCCCCCGCAGUGACAGGACGGCCAACACUGAGACUGACUCGCCUCCACAGACCAACGAGUUGAGGAGAGAAGCUCCCUGUUCUCCGGGUCACUGUCAGAAGGUCACACUGCUGCUUCAGAGUCCCGCGGUCAAGUUCAUCACUCACCCAGAAUUCUUCACAGUGCUUCACGCUAAUUAUGGGGCGUAUCGUAUGUUUACCAACAGCUCUUGUCUCAAACACAUGAUCCUGAAGAUCCGUCGCGAUGCUCGCAAUUUCGAGCGCUACCAGCACAACCGCGACCUGGUGACCUUCCUGAACCGUUUCGCUGAUGCUCAGCUGGAGCUGCCGCGGGGCUGGGAGAUCAAAACGGACCCACAGGGGAAGUCUUUCUUCGUGGAUCACAACAGUCGCGCCACCACCUUCAUUGAUCCCAGAAUCCCCCUGCAGAACGGCAGACUGCCCAACCACCUUACGCAUCGCCAGCACCUGCAAAGACUGCGCAGCUACAGUGCAGGAGAGGCAUCCGAGGUGUCGCGCACGCGUGGUGGAGUGUCUUUGUUAGCCAGGCCUGGAAACAGUCUGGUAGCAGCCAUACGAAGCCAAAGCCAGCAGGAGCCCGUCCCAUUAGCGUACAACGACAAGAUAGUCGUGUUUCUACGGCAACCCAACAUCUUUGAGGUGUUACAGGAGCGACAGCCGUCCCUUGCGAGAAACCACUCGCUCAAGGAAAAGGUUCAUCACAUCCGGACUGAAGGCACUCAGAGACUAGAGAAGCUCUCUUGUGAUGCUGACCUGGUCAUACUGUUGAGUUUGUUUGAGGAGGAGAUCAUGUCCUACGUUCCUCUCGCAUCAUUUCACCCGGGAUUCAACUUCUCACCUCGCUGUUCGCCCGGUUCCUCUCCACAGAACUCUCCAGGCCUUCUUGAGAGAACUCCUCUCGUUCCAGCCUGCUGUCUGUCUGGUGAUAGCUCUCCAGGUACACAGAGAGCUCGAGCACCAGCACCCUACCGCAGAGACUUUGAAGCCAAACUCCGUAACUUCUACAGGAAACUGGAGGCCAAGGGUUACGGGCAGGGUCCCGGCAAGAUCAAACUGAUUGUGAGACGAGAUCACCUGUUAGAGGGAACGUUUAAUCAGGUCAUGGCCUACUCACGGAAAGAGCUCCAGAGGAACAAACUCUACAUCACUUUUGUCGGAGAAGAAGGGCUGGACUACAGUGGACCGUCACGAGAGUUCUUCUUCCUGUUGUCUCAGGAGUUGUUUAACCCUUAUUACGGUUUGUUUGAGUACUCGGCCAACGACACGUACACUGUCCAGAUCAGCCCCAUGUCUGCGUUCGUGGAGAACCACUUAGAAUGGUUCCGGUUCAGCGGGCGAAUUCUGGGCCUGGUGUUGAUUCAUCAGUAUUUGUUGGAUGCUUUCUUCACCCGUCCGUUUUAUAAAGCUCUGCUCAGACUAGCCACAGAUCUCAGCGAUCUGGAAUAUCUGGAUGAAGAGUUUCAUCAGAGUUUACAGUGGAUGAAGGACAAUGACAUCACAGGCGUGCUGGAUCUCACCUUCACUGUCAAUGAGGAAGUGUUUGGACAGGUGACGGAGCGAGAGCUGAAGUCCGGUGGGACACACGUGCAGGUCACAGAGAAGAAUAAGAAGGAAUACAUCGAGCGGAUGGUGAAGUGGAGGGUGGAGAGGGGUGUGGUACAGCAGACACAAGCGCUCGUCCGAGGAUUCUAUGAGGUGGUGGACUCUCGUCUGGUGUCAGUGUUUGAUGCCAGAGAGCUGGAGCUGGUUAUUGCAGGAACGGCAGAGAUCGAUUUAAACGACUGGAGAAACAACACGGAAUACAGAGGAGGUUAUCACGACGGGCACAUUGUCGUCCGUUGGUUCUGGGGAGCCGUGGAGCGAUUCAAUAAUGAACAGAGACUGAGACUGCUGCAGUUUGUGACGGGCACCUCCAGUGUGCCGUACGAGGGUUUCACUGCCCUGCGUGGGAGCAACGGCUUGCGACGGUUCUGCAUAGAGAAGUGGGGCAAGAUCACAUCUCUGCCAAGGGCACACACAUGCUUCAAUCGCCUGGAUCUUCCUCCCUAUCCAUCCUACACAAUGUUAUAUGAGAAACUGCUCAUCGCUGUGGAAGAGACCAGUACUUUUGGCCUUGAAUGAGGACUUCACCUCUAUUCUGGUGACCUGUGUUCACUGUAUGUUAUUAUCUGCUAGUGUGUUUCUCGUGUCUUGGGUUCGUUCGGGACAGAACUGCAUGCACAAGCCACGGGUUUGUACAGAUGAAACUGUGUAUGCAAAGAGAAGCCUUCAAUCUGCUUUAACUCUCAGGGCCUCGACCUCCGCUGGAGUCUCUCCGUUCAGACAUGAACCAUGUCGCCAUUUCUGUUCAUGCAGUUUCACAAGAAGAGUUGUAAAGUUAUACCAAAUACACCUAGAGAAAAUAUACAAGAUGGCAUCAUCACAGGAAAUGACAUUCCAAAAUCAACUCACUUUGCAGGAGUCAAUGGUUUUGGUCUUGCACUUAUGGAAAUUGAAUAUUAAUGGAUUUUUGUUGAACUCUGUCUUUCCUAUGAAAGCUGUUGAAAAGGAGUUAAAAAGUUUAUGUUGUUGGUGAAGACGGUUGUUUUUUCAUUGAGGUGAGUGGUUAUUCUUGAUGUUUUCGUAUGUUUCACCCAGCUGUGUCACUUGUUAGACAAAAAACUUAGAGUUAGAAAGAGGGAGGAUCUACUUCUUGUUGCUUUAUUUUAUUAACACGUUUGGUAAAAACUCAAGCUUUUACAAUAUUAGAUUUUCACUACACUGUUAUCACUGCCACAACAAUUCAAAAUAAUUAUAUUAUUGAUAUUUAAGACAUUUUGAAAAAAACACAAUGCAAAUUUAGUAACAAGAUAAUGUUACUGGAUUCAUUAAGAUAUUUACAUAUGUGUAGUGUUAACACAAUAUCAAUAAUCGUAGGUUUGAUUAUAUUACAGUUAUUAUUAAAACCAGAUAUUGCGAUAUACUGUAAAAAUGUGUUCACAUUAGCAGGGUUUCCAUCCUAAGUUGAAAAUGUAUCACAUAAAACAUUUGCAAAUAAGCACCGUUUCGAUCCAACUUGUCAACCGUCACUUCCCUAAUAAACUGUCACUAAAUAUCAGUAAGAAGAGGUUAGAGAAGACACUGAAUAUAAAAUUUUCUUAUAUAAUAUUUACUUGGACAAGCAGAUGAAACAAAAUAAAUAUCUUUUUGCUUUUGUGGAUGCCUGCGAAUAGCAGUCUUUAUGGUUCUGGGAUUACAGAAAUACAUUGAUGACUUUGCUCUGCCAUUUAAGAAUGACCAUAACAACAUUUCAGAUGCAGUGUAACAAAAUCAGUACUCUGGUUAGUCAGGUUACGCCAUCUCAUAGAGCAGUCACAUUACUUUUUGCAGGAAUUUAUUAUCGGCGAAUGAGUUUCCAUGUCCCAUUAUAAGCAUGAACCGUUUUUCACAACAAAGAGAAAACAUCAAGCAAGCAUAAAUACUUUUUUGCGAAAUAACGUUUUUUAUUUAGAAAUGUGGCGUUUCCCGGCUUGGAAACCCGGCUACUGAUACUGAUUUAUUUCUGUUGGCUGCAGCAUCCAACUGGGUCACGUGAUCUCAUCUGUCUGUGCUCUCAUUGGUCGAUAUUAGAUUGUGUCUCAAUUUCAAUGUGAACGCCAUAUAGUCUAAGAUACUUCACAAUACCAGAUGCUACAAUGUAUUUGGUUUCUCACUUAUGUUUAAAAUGAAGUUUUUAUAUAUUCUUUUUAUAUUCUUUUUUUUUAAUAAAAAAAAUAAUUGACACGUUGUUUUGAGUAAUGGCUAACCAAAUAGUGCACCACAUUUUAUAACUGUUGUGUUGUAAUACAGCAAACUCAUUUAUAUGCAAAGAAAGCUGAUUUGAUUUCGUUUGGUUUACUGAUGGCUAGAUUCCUCUUCUGGUAUACAUUUUGUCAUAUACAUGGAAGAUGGUCUUGAAUUGUCUUAACAUGAGGCAUGUGUUUCUGUCUUUUUUUAACUUACAUCUGAUGGAGGGCAUAUUGCCCUUUUAUUUUGAUUCUCAAUUGUUUUUCUUUAAGGGACAGUUCAUCUCAUGUGGUGCCAAACCUGUAUUACGCUCUUCUGUGGAAAUAAGUGAAUGGUGGGAAUGUGUAUUUAAAUACCUAGAGAUGUUUCUCUUUCAAACAGGAUUGGCUUCAGAUUGCUUAGUCAUAUAAAGUCAUAUACGUACUACUUUUAUGGUGCUUUUCUUGUUUAGAAGUUUGUAGCUCGACAUCAUCAUUCCCCUUAACUUUCAUUAUUUGGCAACAUUCUGCUUAAUAGCUCAUUUUAUGUUCAACAGAUGAAGUCAUACAGGUUUGGAUUGGUGUGGAUUUGGAUUGAAGGGUGAGAAACUGUUGACAGAUUUCUUCAUUUUAUAGUGAAACGUAAACAUGGCUUUUGAUUGUCUCCGAAAUAUAAUUGUGCCGCUCAAAACAAAAACGACUACUACUGAAUAUUUUGCUCUGCUUAGGAAUGUAGAGAAAAUGCAUAUUUGUACUAUCCAGAUUUCAGAGAUGUAUGUUUAUCAGUUGUGUACAUAUUUGCUUAAACAGCCUAUGUCAUUUUAAAACUAUGAAUCGAUUCAAGAGCCAACAACUUUCUUUAAACGUUUCUUCAUAUUACUAUUUGCAUAAUCAUAGUUUAAAUAUGGGUAUAUGAAAUGUAUAUUACUAUGCAUAUAUGUUUGGAAUUGUAAAACAUGCUUUUCGUUAAGGUCUUGUCGGCAUUUAUGAAAAUCUCUUGAUCUCGCAGCCCUCUGAAAAUGUGACUCGAAUAAAGAGAUGGUUCUGGAACAUACUGCCUCUUUAAAAACAGGGCAUUCUGGGAAACACAGCUGGAUUUGGCUCCUGCUUCCACCUCGCAUACACAAGCCUGCUUAUGUCUUUAUACACUUUAUUAAGUCUAUGUGAAAGUAAAUAAGAGGGAAAUGUGAAAAGGUUUGAAUUGUGUAUUGAGGUCACUGUCAUAGCGCCUCUCUCAGGCUGAGCUCUGUAUCUACACUGUUGAACACUGUCAAUAAACAAUCACUUUCUAUUGCA